AUGGACAAAAUCGAGUAUCGGGCUGUCAUUAAAUAUCUGGUUUUGAAAGGCAAUACGCCUGCACAAAUUAAACAUGAGUUGGAUUAUGUGUAUGGGGACUCUGCACCAUCAUUUACUACAGUAAAAUUUUGGGCAGCUGAAUUUAAACGUGGCCGUAAGAGCUUGGGAGACGAUGAAUGUUCGGGACGUCCAAAAACUGCAACUACCGACGAUAACAUCGCCAAAGUUCACCAAAUGCAGCUUCUGGAAAAACAAAUAUCCGUAAAACAGGAAGUUCACUUGGCUUUUGUAGAUCUUGAAAAAGCCUACGAUACAAUACCCCGUCAAAAAUUGUGGAAGGCCCUCGAACGGCUAGACGUGGAUAAGGAUCUCUUAAAAAUAAUUAAAGAACUGUACAAUAAUAAUGUAUCGCUCAUAAAAGUAGGAAAUCGACUGUCUGAACCUAUACUAACCACAAAGGGUCUCAGACAGGGCUGCAGUCUUCCCUUGCUUUUCAACGCCUAUGUAGAAGUCGCGCUAGAAGAAUGGAAAAGACAAUGUGAACCUAUGGGUAUUCCUAUAGGCGCACAAAAAUUGUUCACUUUAAAUUUUGCUGACGACCAGGUGGUGCUUGCGCAGGAUGCGUUUGACCUUGAAUAUAUGAUGAGAAGACUCUAUGUACAAUAUGAGAAGUGGGGUCUACAAGUCACACAGGUCAACAACUUCAAAUAUUUAGGGUCAAUCGUGACUAAACAGGGCAUUGGAGAGGACGAAAUUAAACUCCGCAUUCAAGCUGGCAAGAGAGUAGUGGGAUGCUUGAAUUCAUUGUGGUGGAAUCAGCAUCUCUCUCUUAGAGCCAAAAAACGGCUUGGACAAAUCUUGGUGGAAUCUGUGGUGUGCAAUGGUUGCGAAGUAUGGGCUCUAACAGCCGAAAUGAAACGGAGACUAACAGCAGUCGAAAUGGACUAUCUCAGAAGGAGCGCAGGUGUAUCGAAAAUGGGCCGAAUUAUCAACAUAGAGAUUAGACACCGAAUGAAUGCUCCAGAGACAAUUAUAGACAGGGUCGAAAUCAGAGGUCUCAAGUGGUUUGGCCAUCUAUUAAGAAUGCCGGAAGAUCGAUGGCCUAAACGUCUGUUUCAUUGGAGUCCUCCACAAAGAAGAAAGCGAGGUAGAAGGUCGUGGAACAACACAAUUAGGCAAGCGAUGGCAUCCAGAGAGCUGGAAGAACUGGAUGCAUUUGAUAGAGAGGUUUGGCAAAGGCGAACGGGAAAGCAGCAGUAG